AUUGCACCCCGGAUAAUCGAAAAGCGGCACGGAUAAACGAGCCUUUGUCGUCCUGUGUACCAAACGUCACCAGUUACGACAGUGGCGACCUCCUUUUCAUUUCCGCCAUCGACGGACACGUACUUGUGAAGCACGCGAAUACGCCGAAUAAAGCCCAAAACGCGUGAUUUUUUCUCACAAUUGUCCUGCAACAGCAUUAAAAUGGCCGGUACUCUGUACACUUACCCGGAAAACUUUCGUGCCUACAAAGUGCUGAUCGCGGCCCAAUACUCCGGCACGCCGGUGAAGGUUGCCGCCGACUUCGUGUUCGGCGAAACCAACUGCAGCGAGCCCUUCCUGCAGAAGUUCCCGAGCGGCAAGGUGCCGGCGUACGAGACUAAGGAUGGCAAGUACCUGACGGAGAGCAACGCGAUCGCCUACUACGUGGCCAAUGAGCAGCUGCGCGGUGCGAACGACUUCCACCGGGCCGAGGUGCAGUCCUUCCUCAGCUUCGCCGACAAUGUGCUGCUGCCUGCUGUCCAGGGCUGGACGUUCCCGAUGAUUGGCAUCGUGCCGUACAACAAGAACAACGUUGAGCGUGCGAAGGAGGAGCUGCGUCGCGGCCUGGCCGCCCUCAACAGCCGCCUGCUGAAGCAGACGUACCUGGUCGGCGAGCGGAUCACGCUGGCCGAUGUGGUCGUGUUUGCCACGCUGCUGCACGCGUACGAGUACGUGCUGGAUCCUGCCUUCCGCGCACCGUUCGGCGCCGUCAACCGGUGGUUCACCACGCUGAUGAACCAGCCGCAGGUGCAGGCGGUGGUCAAGGUGCCGGCGCUCUGCGCCAAGGUCGCACAGGCCGACCCGAAGAAGUACGCCGAAUUCCAGGCCAAGGUGAGCGGCGGAAGCGGCGGCGCUCCAGCAGAGAAGAAGAAGGAAAAGAAGGAGAAGAAGCCGGCGCCGGAGAAGCCGGAACCGGCCGAGCAGCCGGACGCAGCCGACGAGCUGCUGGCCGCCGAGCCGAAGCAGAACGAUCCGUUCGAAACGCUGCCGAAGGGCACGUUCAACUUCGACGACUUCAAGCGGUUCUACUCGAACGAGGAGGAGGCGAAAUCGAUCCCCUACUUCUGGACCAAGUUCGACCCGGCCAACUACUCGAUCUGGUACGGCGAGUACAAGUAUCCCGAGGAGCUGACGAAGGUGUUCAUGAGCUGCAACCUGAUCACCGGCAUGUUCCAGCGGCUGGACAAGAUGCGCAAGCAGAGCUUCGCCUCGGUGUGCCUGUUCGGUGAGGACAACAACAGCACGAUCUCGGGCGUGUGGGUCUGGCGCGGCCAGGACCUGGCGUUCAAGCUGUCGCCCGACUGGCAGGUAGACUACGAGGUGUACGACUGGAAGAAGCUGGACCCCGCCUCGGACGAGACGAAGAAGCUGGUUGAACAGUACUUCUCCUGGAGCGGCACCGACAAGAACGGGCGCAAGUUCAACCAGGGCAAGAUAUUCAAGUAAAUCGUCCUGAUUUUUGUUACUCUUAAAAAACACAACCACACACACAAAAACAACGGUCGUCUAUGUUCCAUCUGGCUGCCGCGCGUCUGGCUGUCAAAACAUUCACCCACAACUGCUGCAAUCAAUCGAAACAACAAAAAUGCGCAACAAUGGCUACGUGAAACAUCGAUUUGUUAUGAACUCCGCGGAAGGAUAAUGUGUCCGACCGCCUCUCUCUCUCUCUCUUUUUUAAAACAACUUACCACACACCACGGGCCUUCUGUUUGCAGCAGUGCAGCAUCCUCCAGCCAUCAAUCAAAUCCGCAACAGCAACAGAUACAACUUCAAAUUCAAGCUUGCUGCAAAGAGACAGAAUGUCGAUCGUUGGGGGGGAGGGGAGAAAGCGCGAUGGUGGUUCUCUUAUUAUUGCUGAGAGCACAAGUACGAGUGUGUAAUCGUUGAAUUGUUAGUUUUACGUGAGGAAUUAGUGUGAGUACGUACGCGAGGGAAGUAGCGAGCACACUUAUUGCGCCUGGUGUAGCUCGACUUCAUUUUGCCUGCAGGUUGUUCGUGUCCGGUUUGAAAUUCGUUCCCGCUCCCCGCCCCGUUUCGUUAGCGAUUGUCGUUUUGUCUCGGCCUCAUUGAAUUAAAAUAAAAGAAUUGCCACACCAGAAGAGAAGAAAUAAAAAAAAAACUGGCUUAAUAAUAA